GGCCAGGGCGAAGGGCGUUUGGGUGCCGCCGCUGCAGCCGCUGUCCGGGCAGGGGAGGGGUGCGUUGGAAGCAGGAAGCGAGGCGCGCCGAGGUCGUCGCGGGAGCAGCUGGUGACCCCCGGAGGAUGAACCACAAGAGCAAGAAGCGGAUCCGCGAGGCCAAGCGUAGUGCGCGGCCGGAGCUCAAGGACUCGCUGGACUGGACCCGUCACAACUACUACGAAAGCUUCUCGCUGAACCCGGCGGCCGUGGCGGAUAACGUGGAAAGGGCAGAUGCAUUACAGCUGUCGGUGGAAGAAUUCGUGGAGCGAUAUGAAAGACCGUACAAGCCCGUGGUUCUGCUGAAUGCCCAAGAGGGCUGGUCUGCGCAGGAGAAGUGGACCCUGGAGCGCCUAAAAAGGAAGUACCGUAACCAGAAGUUCAAGUGCGGCGAGGAUAAUGAUGGCUACUCGGUGAAGAUGAAGAUGAAGUACUACAUCGAGUACAUGGAGAGCACUCGGGAUGACAGCCCCCUUUACAUCUUUGACAGCAGCUAUGGUGAACACCCCAAAAGAAGGAAACUUCUGGAAGAUUACAAGGUGCCCAAGUUCUUCACCGAUGACCUCUUCCAGUAUGCUGGGGAGAAACGCAGGCCCCCUUACAGAUGGUUUGUGAUGGGGCCACCGCGCUCUGGAACUGGAAUUCACAUCGACCCUCUGGGAACCAGUGCCUGGAAUGCCUUAGUUCAGGGCCACAAGCGCUGGUGCCUGUUUCCUACCAGCACGCCCAGGGAACUCAUCAAGGUGACCCGUGAAGAAGGAGGGAACCAGCAAGAUGAAGCUAUUACUUGGUUUAGUAUCAUUCAUCCCCGGACACAGCUUCCCACCUGGCCACCUGAAUUCAAACCCCUGGAAAUCUUACAAAAACCAGGAGAGACUGUCUUUGUACCAGGAGGCUGGUGGCACGUUGUCCUUAACCUUGACACCACCAUUGCCAUCACGCAGAAUUUUGCCAGCAGCACCAACUUCCCUGUUGUAUGGCACAAGACGGUAAGAGGGCGACCAAAGUUAUCGAGGAAAUGGUAUAGGAUCUUGAAGCAAGAGCACCCCGAGUUGGCGGUGCUGGCUGACUCCGUCGACCUGCAGGAGUCCACGGGGAUCGCCUCCGACAGCUCCAGCGACUCCUCCAGCUCCUCCAGCUCCAGCUCGUCCGACUCGGACUCCGAGUGCGAGUCGGGGUCUGAAGGCGACGGGACGAUGCACCGCAGGAAGAAGCGGAGAACGUGCGGCAUGAUGGGCAACGGGGACACCACCUCCCAAGACGACUGUGCGAGCAAAGAGCGCAGCUCCUCCAGGAUUAGGGACACUUGCGGAGGCCGGGCUCACCCCUGAGCCAAUGCAGAGACUCUCCCUGAGGUGGCUCCUGUGUGCGCUGUGGGCGGCCGCCCGACUCAGUUUUCACAUCUCCUGCUCCCACCUUCUCCUUUGUCUCCUUUGAAUUCGGAUCAUCCUUCUCUGGUCCAAGCUUCUGUCUUCGGUCAAAUGCUGUUCUUACCACUUGCUAAGAGUAGAGGGUCGAGAAGUUUCAGAGCUCAGUGAGACCCGAAACACUGACGGCCGGCGCGCUGCGGGGCCGGGGGGGUCUGUGCUGUCCCCUCUAAGCCACGCUGCUCGACCUCGAGGCUGCAGGGCUGGGAUCCUUCGAAUGUCUCGCCGCGUCUGAUUCCUCAGCGACACGGGUGAGGAGCCUCUGCUCUCCGGGGGCCGGUGGUCACCAGCAGGCCCCGGGGGGCGAGUGGAUUUGGAUUUGCGUCUGAGCCAAUCGCGCGUAAAAAGUGCCACUCCAGCGCCACCCCCAAUGUGUCACCGACCCAGCCAGCGUGGGCGGCGCCGCUCACCACCGUGAGCCGGGGCCUCAGACACGGGACCUUCUCGCCACCGCCAGACGGGCUCAGGAAUUCCAGCAGCGUUUUCGUGCGGUGUGUUUUGGGGCAGGGAUGACAGAUCAGGGUUUCUGUUUAGAAACGGGAGGGGAAAGGUCCGGUGUGUGCUCCCCACAGAAUUCGAGUUGUGCACAGGGCCCGCUUCCGGCAGAUGGGUCUUUCUCCCCACGUGAUCCGUAAAGGCAGAAGCUCUCGCUCUCUGAGAGACGUCACAGUCAGUGUCCCCGCUGGUUAGACCCGCAGAUGCUAGGUGGGUGGCUUGGGCUGCACGUCGGAAUAAACGCACACGUGGCGCUUCUGGUCUCGGGUAUGUUGAGGCUUCUGAAGGCCUCUGGUAUGAAGACUGGGGGUUGAGCAGCAGGUUCCAUCUCUUGCCCUCUCAGUUGACCUGCUUGCCUUAACCUGACCCUAAAUUCAGCUAAAUUUAAAUAAAAGUGAGAGGGCGUUUGUCAAGGAUAUGCCCAGUGAAAAGCACUGAGCAGCAUGCCCUUUUCCGGGCGGGAUGUAGGUAAGGACACGAACAGCCGGAGGGCGGCAGGAGCUGGCCCGGUGCAUCCCAGGGGCGCACGGGAGCGGGUGUGCAGGCGGCCUGGAACUGUGGUGUUGCCUCCCUGGAUCCUCCCUGACCAUGGGUAUAAUCUGAGGAAUCCAGGGCUCUUCUGUGCGAAGGUUAUAUUUUUAACAGACUGAUGAUUGUUUCUGGACCCUGGGUUGGUCACGUGGCUUGCCCCUAAGAGGCCCGUCCCCUACUUUGUCUGAGUUUUCUGCAUUCUCAAAUCCCGACCCAAAAACAUGGCUGGGUUGGAUGGAGAACGUCCAUCAUGUUUCUCAGCGUUGGCGCCUGUCACCUGCCCUCGGUGCCACUCCGCUUCCCCACCAGGCCCCCUGGGCUCAGACAGCCCUGCUUCCCUCCGUGUAUUUUGGGGGUGAGGAAAAUCAAACCCUGAACUCAACUCUUUGUGGUCAUACCUGACUGGGGUUCCUCUGUCUCCUUUUUUAAAAUGUUCGUGCUAUUUUCUGAAACGCUUUUCUUCUGUACCCCAGUAUCGCUGUCGGGUAGCACGCCUUCCUCUCUCAUUCAUAUCAGCUUGUCUCUAAACGUCCGUGUAAAGAAAAGAAGCAAAACCAAAACUAUUUGCCGCCAGGGGGCAGGAUAGGACUCCUUCGCUGUGGCCGGGUGACACGGCAGAAGUUGGAAUGGGAGAGACUAGCCUUCCUGAGAGGCCAAGGGUGAUUCCUGUUUGACAAACAAUGUCCAGAAAGAAGGGAUCCAGCCCACCUGACAGGCCCACAGUCACCUCACCGGAGAGCAUCCGGAUCACACCGCUUAUCUGCUGCCAUUUGGUUCUUGCCACCCCACGAGUGACGCUGGGACAGUCCUUGUUUUAGCCAGGCCGGAGAUUGAACACCUCGCACCCCGCCGCUGUCCCCUGUUGCAGUGGGCCACCCAAGCACACCGUUAGCGGAAUGCAGCAGGGGGGAGGUGGGGAGCCGAGGGAGAGGAGGGCAGUGAUGGCGGGGUGCUGUAGACCAGGCGGGCAGGGGGAACCCGGUCUGUUCUAACAUUAACCGUUCACCCCACCUGGUCUGAGCCUCCUCCUCUGAGUGACAUCAACAGUAGUAGGGAUUUUUCUCCAACUGAAAAACCAGCAAGCUGGGGGUCCCUGGAAGAAGGACUCUUGGGUCCAAAACUACUGACAGGGACGAGCAGGGUCGAAGAAGACAGUGUGUGGCUCCGGGGCUUUGGGAGCGAGCACCAAAGACUUGACCACCAGCCUGAAGGACCCGGUGCUGCGCACGGGUGUCUCUGGGCUCAUUAGCAGUGCUGGGAUAUUCAGGGGGACACCUUUGAGGGGAGAGCCACCCAGCCCAGGGAUGUUGUUGCAAUUUGGCUUAGGCUUGCAGACGCCCGUUUAUGAAUCAUGCAAGUGUUCAGUCCGCGUUUGAGAGGCAGGCCCUGUUCUGGGGGCUGGCCAUGCAGCUGGGGCAAGCGCAGGUCCCUCCCCUCGUGCAGCUGAAAGGCCGUGUGCCGUGCACGCUUCCCAAGGGUCACUGCUCAGGCUAGGUGGGGUCACACAUCCGUUUCCAUGACCAGAAAAGCAAGAUGAGACCUUACUAAAUACAAGUCUAUGAGAUACAUCAAGUUAUGGCCUCAGUAUUUGGUUUUUCUCUGUAUCAGCUACAGAUAUUUAAGCAUCGGCAAGAAAGAUGCUGGUGUGAGUGCUUUAUGAACUUAUUAGAGGUUCAGUCUGGUCGUGACAUAGGAUUUUAGACAAGAGUGUGGGACAGAAUAGGAGUUUUGUGGGAAGUGUUGUAAAAAGUGCUUUUAGGACGUAGGCGUGUACGUGCACAGCUGUAGGUUCCUUGAAUCGUGCAUAGCGUUUCCACAAGGUGUUUUGUGGUGUGUGCUGGGUAGUGUGAUGGUUCCCUGUGUGGUUUCUCCUCACACGCCCCCCUCCCUCCCUGCCUUCUGUGAAGAUGUUCCACUGAUGUUACAUUAUAUGCCACAAAACGAGAUGAACCUCGCGCCUUGGCACCCUCGGGUGGUGGCUCUCGACUCUGGUCUCAUUGUUCAAAAACGUGAGGCAUCUAGUCCUCCCUGAAAGUCCCAUGAGAACUGGCCUGGCCUGCUAUCUUCAAGGUGACUGGACGGUGCAGAAGAACUGGGACCAUGCAGAGUCCUUGUGCCUCUGGCCGCUGCCACAGAGACACCCAGCAGCCCGCUCCGUCUGCUUCCGUCUCGCCGUGCGCUCCACCACGGGCUGCCUAUGGCUCCGCCGUUUGAUGGGUGGUUUUAACUUUCACUUGGAUGAAACUUGUUCAUCAUUUUAAAUAAAGCAACUUGGUUUGGA